CGUAGAACAGUCUUUAGUGAAAAGACAACUCAAGUAGAUUUGAAACAAUAGUAUUUUCUAAACAAAUCCAAAUUGAAAAUUGAAAAUUGAGCGAGUUUUUGGAAAAAUUUAAAUCCAAGAUGAAGUUUGUAAUAUUACUUCUAUUAUUGAUGACAUUUGUUGUACAAAGUUAUCAACAAGAAAUAUAUUAUAAGAAUACUAUCAGAACAGUGUCAAUUGAUUUCAGUCAACAUGACAGAAACUAUAAUUUUAAUUUUCUAAAAAACGAAAAGAAAAAAUGCGGAAAUAUUGAACGUCUAAAUUUGGACGAUAUGAAUUUACAGCUUUUAAAAAAUGACAUUAUUACAAGCAAUAAUAUUCAACAUAUAUCACUUCGAAACAAUGAUCUAAAAAAUAUUCACACCAUUUUGGAUCAAGUUCCGAAUUUAUCGUGUUUAAACUUAUCCAGAAAUAAGUUUGACAUCUAUAAUAGAAAUUACAUUCGACACCCGAAUCUAAAAACAUUGGAUUUAAGUUACCAAAAAACGUCGCAAAAUCUAUAUUAUUACACCUCAUCGGAAGCAAAAGAUCUCGAAGCAGAAACCAAUGAAAUUUAUAAAUACAUAAUUUUUGACAGCACCGGCAUGAGUUUACCAAAUCUGCAGUAUUUGGAUUUAAGCGGGAACGAAAUAUCCGCUUUACUGAACGAUUUUAAGACAUCUUUCCCAAAAUUGGUGCAGCUUGAUUUAAAUAACAUAAAGGCUCAAGAAAUAGAACCAACGUUUUUCGAAAAAAUACCAAAAUCUUUGCGGGUCAUCCACAUGGAAAACAAUCACCUGCACAAUUUGACGAUGUUAAACAUGGCGGAAGUGUCCGCCUUAUAUUUGGACGGAAAUAGAUACUUAAGAGUAAUCAAUGUCGCUUCGGAAAAAUUGAAAAUUCUAUCGCUGUCAAACUGCACGAAUUUAGUUCAAGGCCACGGAAUAUUUAACAUACCCUAUUUAGAACAAUUGGAUUUGUCCAACAAUGAUUUUACAACUGUAUCUACUAUUAGUUUUAAAGUAUUUCCAGUGCUAAAAAUUCUUCUUUUGGAUUAUAAUAAACUAACGGAUAUUCCUUUAUUAAACGACUUGCAGCAACUCAGUGAGUUAUCAUUGAGUUUUAACUUGAUUAGAUACAUUCGUUCCGAUAUUUUCAUGUAUUUCACGUCAUUAAAAAAAUUGUCGUUGAGAGGCAACAAGAUACAAGAUAUUGGACAAGGCUUUUCAGAUUUGAACAAUUUAGAAUAUUUAGACCUUUCGAAUAAUCAAUUGAAAACUUUGCCUCACAAUUGGGCAACGCGAUUAAUUAAUUUACAAUAUUUGAAUGUAAAUUCGAAUCUAUUUGUAAAUGUUGUAGAUGUGGCUAUAAAUUCGAUAGCCUCGUUGAAACAUUUAUCUGUGGUAAAUAACACAUUUACAAAAAUAAGUUCCCUUGAAUUAUUACAUUUGCCGGAAUCAAUUACCGUUUACAUGGCAUGAAAUUAAUAAAAACGAUAAAUAAUAUAAAUA